AUGCCGAGGCCUCCAAAGAUCGAGGAUUAUGGAGCUCCAGCGGGGGUUUGGACACAGGACCUACCCAUGUCCACGAACGCGGCCCGGAGGAGAAAGCGAGGAGACGGCGAACCGAGUACCGUCAGAGCAAAGGCACAACGAAAGGGUGAGACGGCAUACCUCACUGUCGCCAUUCAGAAGAAGUCUGGUUUGAGGUUUACCUGGCGACAUUCCACAGCCGGAUGGGGCAAUGAUGCUAUGGUUGCCUACAAGAGCGGAUAUACUUGUAAUUCAGCAGAGUUCGAGGCUAUCGAAUUGCAUGAUGCAUACUGGGAGAAUGCCAUCAACAACUACAAUCGGCAGGGUCGCCCUCCAGCAAUUCUUGAUCACUUGCCGACUGAGGUCAUGGAGUUGAAAUCGGCGCGAGAUGAGCAAGAUGCCACGUUGGCGAAGAUUUUGAAGCAAAAGAAAUGGAGAGCUGCUCGCGAAUGA